CAUUUUACCAACGACAAACGUCAAACAGCUGAGCGAGGUGACUGACUGCUUGUUGUGUGGCUUGUGCUCUUGUGUUCUUUUAUUCAGUAUUUCAGGACAUUUUUUUGUGAAAUAGUGUCCCCAACAAUUAUUGCUCAGUUUAUAAUAAGAUAUAUUCAGUAUGAGUGAAUUGAGUCAAGCGGAGAUACGAAGACGGCGCUUGGCGAGACUGGGUGCUUUAAGUGGCGCAGGCACGAGCCCAACCCCUGCGAGCCCACCCAUCACCCCUGGAGCUUCUGUGCCAUCCCCCGAGGUCAAUCCAUCGCAUCCACCUCUAUCCCGACUCUCGCCCGCGGCGACGCCUCGCAGCUCCAUAGAGCCCACCACACCAGAUGCCACAAACACAAAUCAGGAGUCAAAUUUCUCAGAUGAAGUCAGUAAACGAGAAUCAGAUCAAACCAAAAUACCUGCAGAUGGCUUAAUCGUGACUGAAAAACCAGAUAAUAAUUUGUUAGACGAAAUGCCUGACACAAAGAUGACAGAUUUGUCUCAAACCAGACAAUAUAGCAGUUUUGACUCUAUGGGUGAUGACACACUGUUGAGUUGUGGCUCAGUUCGUGUAGGAAGUUUGCCGCAGUCCACUGUUGGUGGUUCUGAAGGAACAUCUACACGGGAAGACAGUACAUCCAGAUCAAUAUCUCCCGCACAGUUUGUGGAGCCUUCUCCUGUGAGACCCAGACCAAAUGUGUCACCAAGUUGCUCACGGCGCUCUUUGUCCAUGGAAGUUGAUGACUCAUCAGAGAAAAAUUUACAAAUUGAACAGCAACAAGAGCCUAUGGAGGAUGCCGAAACCAACAAGGCACGCCCAGGUGGCGUUCACACACGUUUACGCAACAUUUUGGCUCAGGCCAGACAGAAGCGAUGGAAGGUGGAAGAUGACUCUUCAGCAUCUCCAGCUCGUAAGAUCUAUCGAUCGCGAACUGUCAGCUGCACCGAGAUGACCGAGGAGCAACUACGGCACAUUGUAGCUAAGAUUUUGCAAGUCUCUUGGUCAGAUGAGAUGUCAGGAAUGUUUGUGCCAUCGGUUGCAGCAGCUUUACUUGACAAUCCUAACCUAAGUUUACAAGAAAUAUCAUCCCAAGCCAUAAUGGACAUCUUAUCUCAAAUAGCAGAUGAGAGUGAUCCUUUGAAUCAGAAGCUUAUUGCUGUGUCAGAGACAUCAAAGCGAUUGAGUGAAGAUUGCGGCGAUGAUACCCUGACUAGUGGCCCGCUGGGGUCCGAAAAUGACGCCGAAAAGGGCGAGUGCCCCACCCCCUCUCUUCCUCUCCCUAAAACCAUUCCCACGCAAGGCCUAGCAGUUAGUUACCUAUUAAGAUUUUACAACAACAUUAACUUGUACGAAAGAGAACAUCCAAAGAAAAGUUCAGAACCACCUUUGAGUGAUCACUUGCAAAGUUUAAGGACUUUACUUGUUAAUUAUUUGGUGCUAGUGCUACAAGGAGGCAUGGAUUUGGAGAAGUGCAGGAAAUCACCCCUUCUUCCAUACAUUCUCAUUGGGAACGCCCCAACCGGACUCAUUCCAGAGUUACUUAUAGCGACCUACUUGGAUAAAGAAGUUUUUGAAGAGGUAUUCAUCCCGCUUCUUAUGGGCAUCCGCGAGUACAUGCGCCGCUGCGUGUCCCCGCUGGUGGGCCGCGGGCACGGCGCGGCGCUGCGCGCGCUGCGCUCGCUGUGCGAGCUGCGCGCCGGCCCGCGCCACGCGCGCCGCCCCGUGUGCGAGCUGGUCGCGCGGCUGCCCAGCCUGUGCCCCGACUCCAUCACCACCUCACCCGGGCGGGAGAUCGCGAGGGUUAGCUUCCUCGGGCCAUUCUUUGCGAUAUCUUUGUUCGCGGAAGAGAACCCGCGCCUCGCCGAGCGGCUGUUCGCCACCGGCUCCGCCGACCGCAGCCUCGCUUUCGCACUGCAGCGGGAGGUGGAAGCCAGCCGCAACACGUUGCACAACAUUUGCCACAACAUAUUGCUCUGCCCUGACGCGAGGGAACCAUUCCUCAAUUACUUCGCAGCCCUUCUACAGAGAAACGAAAGAAGGGCGCAGUUACAGACCGAUGAGAGAUCCCUCGCUGGCGACGGGUUCAUGUUGAACGUUUGCUCGGUGCUACAACUGCUGUCCGUGCGCAUCAAGCUGGAGCGCGUGUACCCGCUGUACACCUUCCAGCCGGACUCGUGGGCCAACGUGCGCGACGAGACGCGUUUGUACUUCACCGCGCAGGAGGCGCAGGAUUGGCUCGACUCUCUCAACAACGACCCCGCCCACAAGUGGCCCGAGGCUAAGUUCCAGACCGUCUGCUGGUUCCUGACGCUUCACAUGCAUCACGUGGCUCUCAUACCCGCACUUCAUACGCACCAGAGGCGAAUUCGAGCGUUCCGCGACCUACAAAAGGUGAUAGAGGAGUUGGUGGCGGCGGAACCGCAGUGGCGUAACAGCUUCUCCGCGCUCCGCAACCGCGAGCUGUUGCGUCGCUGGAGGAGGCAGAUCAAGAGGCUACACAGAUCGCGCCAGUGCGCCGAGACAGCGCUCCUCGACGGCGAGCUGAUGCGCCGCAGCGUCCAGUUCUACUCGUCCGCGUGCGCGCUGUUGAGCAAGCAGCUGGACGCCGCGCUGCAGGAGCCCGGGCCGCGCGCCGCCGCCUUCCGCGCGCUGCCCGAGUGGUACGUGGAGGACAUCGCCGAGUUCAUGCUGUUUGCGGUGCAGUAUGUGCCACAAAUCGUGGCGGACUACAUCGAGGACCCAAUAAUCACCUGGCUCCUGAGCGCCAUAUGCCACUCCCAUCUGAUCAAAAAUCCAUAUCUCGUCGCUAAAAUUGUGGAGGUUUUGUUUGUUAUCAAUCUGUCUGUACCGAUGAAGCUCAAGAAUGUUUAUGAGAAAUUCAUGGAUCAUCCAAUGUCUCAGACCGCUUUGCCUAGCGCUCUAAUGAAGUUUUACACAGAUAUAGAGACGACUGGACAGAGCACCGAGUUCUACGAUAAGUUCACUAUAAGAUUCCAUAUCAGCAUCAUUUUGAAGGGGAUGUGGGAACGACCGAUACAUAAGCAAGCCAUUGUGAAGGAGUCCCGCUCGGGGCGGCAGUUCGUCAAGUUCAUCAACAUGCUCAUGAACGACACCACAUUCCUACUCGACGAGUGUCUCACGUACCUGAAGCGCAUCCACGAGGCGCAGGAGGGCGGCGCGGGCGGCGCGGAGGCGCGCGCGCGCGCGCUGGCGCAGGACGAGCGCCAGUGCCGCUCCUACCUCACGCUGGCCAGGGAAACUGUUGACAUGUUGGAGUACUUGACGGUGGAAAUCAAGGAGCCAUUCCUGCGAGCGGAACUGGUUGACAGACUGGCUUCCAUGCUCAACUUCAACCUUCAGCAACUCUGCGGGCCCAAGUGCAAGAACCUGAAGGUCCGGCGGCCGGAGAAGUAUGGCUGGGAGCCGCGCCGCCUGCUGUCGCAGCUCGUCAACAUCUACCUGCACCUCGACUCGCCCGUCUUCCACGCCGCGCUCGCCGCCGACGAGAGAUCAUUCCGCAAAGAGCUAUUUGAGGAGGCGGCGGCGCGGCUGUCGAAAGCGUGCAUCAAGACGUGCGCCGAGAUCGAACAGUUCAAGGUGCUGGCGGACAACGCGUAUCAGAUUGCCGUGUCGAAUCAGCACCUGAGCGACGAGUUCGCGGACGCGCCGGAGGAGUUCCGCGACCCGCUCAUGGACACGCUCAUGACGGACCCCGUUCUUCUGCCCUCCGGAAAGGUGAUGGACAGAUCUGUGAUACUGCGGCACUUGCUGAACAGCGCCACCGACCCCUUCAACCGGCAGCCGCUCUCCGAAGACCAGCUGCGUCCAGCUACAGAACUCAAAGAAAAGAUCAGUCAAUGGCAACGCGAGAAGAAAGCUUCAACGUCGUCAUAAGAAUCCUAAGCCAACAAUAAAGUCUGAUGUAUAUAACGUAAUGCAUGUAGAAAGACUUCCUGGAUAUUUCCAGUGUACGGACUAUUGUCCAUGAGAAUGUGAGAUUAAAUGCGCAUGUGCAUCAUCAUGCACCGGCUAUUAUAACAUGGAUGUGGCGACAUGGUGAUCUUUUCAGACGUUUAUGAGCAGAAUGACAACUCACCAAUGAAAGAGUUUUAAAUAUCUUGAAUAAUAAAGUGAAAUAAUGUUGUACGUAAUAUAUGUAAAUUUAAUCAGAACUAAAAUUAUUGGUUAUAUACUUUUUUAUUUUAAUUUAUUAUCUACUUACGACGAUAUUUUGAAGUUGCAUUCUGCGCACAAAUGCUAAGCUGUAAAACUAAGUGGAAUAUUUUUAUGGAACCCAUAUUGUAUCUUUUACUUCUAAAAUUUACUAUUUCCUUUAUAUGUCAAUAUUUGGCAAAAUAUUAAAGUAAUUCAAAUAAAAUCAUAGUAUUAAAUUGAUAUAUUAUGUAUAAUCACAUCACAUGUGAAGGCCUAAAUUUCAAGAAAUACCAAGUCUGGUCUGCAUUGGUUGACCCUGAAAUGUUUUGAACGAGAAUGCUCACUAUAACGUAACAUAUUGAGAAAUACGAGCCAAUUAUAUUGCAUUUGGUAAUAAAGCUCCACUACACAGCAUGAAAGUCAUUUCUAUUUUAGAUUAAUUAGUCCAACAUUAGUAUAACUAAUGAUAUACUUACACUGAAAUAUAUAAACAUUAGGUUAUUGUAUGGAAUGUUGAAGACUUUUAUUUUUGUGCAAAAUGAAUUUAUUUUAUGGAUUUGAAUACACAGAUUUUAGUGAUAUUAUGUUUAGUUUUUGUUAGCUGACAUAACUAUUAUUUGUAUCUUUAUUAUGUCAAUGUGAUUAUGUUCCUUUUAGAUAACAGAUAUCAAUGUCUUGAAAUGGAUGUUCACUUGGGAUUAGCAAAUAGAACUCAUAACAUAAUCAAUACAUUCACUUACACAUAUGAUUAGAAUAGAAUAACCACAAUAUAAUAUAGUAGUGUUAAACAGAUUAUUCGAUUUUCAAAUAUCCUCUGUCACUGCCAGUAUGUCUACAUAAUGGUUUAGAUCAGGCAUUCCUAAUGUAAGUCCAUUUCUUUAAAAUUACUUGGUCUCAUUGUAUAAUAAUUUGACUUGUAUCUUUAUAUUAUGAAGAAUAUGCUAGAGGUCUCUUAUGUUGAUAUGUCAAUAAAAUAUAAUAAUAAAUAAUG